GGAAGACAUGGUAGCAAUGCCUGAAGGAAAGAUUGGAGCUAAGAAGCGCAAGAAGCUUGAAAUGAAAGCUGAGAAACGGGCACAGCGAGAGAGGAUUUGGAGGACCGGGAAGAGCGGCGCCAGAAGCAGGCACUUGAUGAAGAGCGAAGAAAGCAGGAAGAGCAGCGAGAAAAGGAGCUUGAGGCUGACGGUCAUUGAUGCUGUAGAUGCAGAAGCAGAAGAAAAGCGGCUAAAGGAGGAGAAGGAAAAACAGGAACUGGAGGAAUAUCUCAAGUUGAAGGAAGCAUUCUCAGUUGAAGGGAAGGAUUUGAUGCUGCAACUGAAGAAGAGGUACCAUUCACUGUUUCAGAAAGAAAAGGUUGUCAUUCUUGAAGAUCUAGCUGCAAAGUUUCAGUUGAAAACUCAGGAAUGCAUUGACCGUGUACAAGCCCUGCUGGCGGAUGAAACCCUGGUGGGUGUCAUCGACGAUCGAGGAAAGUUCAUCUACAUAACACGGCAAGAACUCGAGGAGGUGGCACAUUUCAUAAGGCAGAGAGGACGAGUGUCAAUCAGUGAGCUGGUUGACAGCAGCAAUUCACUCAUCAACCUGACACCAGCAGCGUGACCCUUGUACUAGAGAUUUUUAUACAUUCUUAUAAAGACACAAGUGAUAUAAUU